AUGACGAACAAAGACAACCAUAGGUACUUUGAACUUUCUUCGGGUUCUCUGAAGCAUUUGGUGAUCGAAACUAUUUCUUGGGCUGCAAAGAACAACAAUAAAAAGUUGAAAAGUCUCAGGCUUUCUCUCCAAGGUCUGUUAAAGAUACAGGAGGCAAAAUGCAAAUCUCAAUGGCAAAAGUUUGCUUUAGACCUUGCUGAACUCUUGGAAGCUUACGAAUGA